GCAUCAGCCACACCACCAUUAACAUUCAAAAUGGCUGCAAUGCUACGGAGCCUUGGCAAGUUCUCUGUUACCUGUCCUUCAAAGAAUAUCAGUCUUAAAAUACUCGGCAGUACUGCUGGAAAAUUAUGUACUGCGAGGAUUAGUUCAGAUGUUGCUCUGACCAUAGCAGACUAUGUAGAGCAGAAGAGAGAGCAGGCGAAGCUAGGAGGCGGCCAACGGAGGAUUGACACACAGCACCAAAAAGGAAAGCUUACAGCAAGAGAAAGAAUUAGCUUGCUGUUGGAUCCUGGAUCAUUUGUUGAAUAUGACAUGUUUAUGGAGCACAACUGCACUGACUUUGGAAUGGAAAACCAGAAGUAUAUUGGAGACAGUGUUGUUACAGGUUAUGGAAAAAUAAAUGGCAGGACAACAUUUGUGUUUAGUCAGGAUUUCACAGUAUUUGGUGGCAGCUUGUCAAUGGUACAUGCACAGAAGAUCUGCAAGAUAAUGGACAAGGCAAUUACAGUUGGAGCUCCUGUCAUUGGUCUAAAUGACUCAGGUGGUGCAAGAAUUCAAGAAGGCAUCGAGUCCUUAGCUGGUUACGCCCACAUUUUCCAGAGAAAUACAUUGGCUUCUGGAGUUGUUCCUCAGAUAUCACUCAUCAUGGGGCCAUGUGCUGGCGGUGCAGUAUAUUCUCCAGCCAUCACUGACUUUACAUUCAUGGUUAAGGAUACAUCGUAUCUUUUUAUUACUGGUCCAGAAGUUGUCAAGACCGUCACAGGAGAAGAUGUUACUCAGGAGGAGCUUGGUGGAUCCAAAGUGCAGACCUCCAAAUCUGGUGUUGCUUCAGGUGCUUUCGAUAAUGAUGUCGAAGCAAUUUCCUCCAUUCGUGACUUUUUCGACUAUCUUCCCCUCUCAAACAAGGACCCUCCCCCGAUUCGGAAGUGUGAUGACCCAAGGGAUCGACUGUGCACACAUUUAGAUCAUAUUGUACCAUUGGAUUCAAAAAAAGCAUACGACAUGAGAGAUGUUAUUUAUGCAAUUGCAGAUGAGCGAGAAUUUUUCGAGGUGAUGCCAAACUUUGCAAAGAAUAUCAUGAUUGGUUUUUGUAGACUGAACGGGCGUACUGUGGGAGUCGUUGGCAAUCAACCACUUGAAGCUGCAGGUUGCCUUGAUAUUGAUGCUUCUGUUAAAGCCGCAAGAUUCGUUCGAUUCCUUGAUGCAUUCAAUAUUCCAAUCGUCACUUUUGUCGAUGUCCCAGGAUUUCUGCCAGGAAUAAAUCAAGAGCAUUAUGGGAUCAUUCGUCAUGGUGCUAAGCUUCUUUACGCAUAUGCCGAAGCAACUGUCCCAAAAAUAACUUUCAUAACAAGAAAGGCCUACGGAGGAGCUUAUGACGUCAUGAGUUCAAAGCAUCUCAGAGGUGAUACAAAUUACGCUUGGCCAACGGCCGAGGUGGCUGUCAUGGGUGCUAAGGGUGCUGUUUCAAUUUUGUAUCGAGGAAAAGACAAUAUAGAAUCUUAUGAGAAGGAUUAUACAGAAAGAUUUGCCAACCCAUUCCCGGCGGCAGCACGUGGCUACGUCGAUGAAAUUAUUGCUCCACGAGACACCCGCAAAAUUAUUAUUGACGAUUUAGAAUUACUGGAGACGAAGAAGCUUUCAAACCCGUGGAAAAAGCAUGGCAACAUUCCACUUUAAUACAUUUCGCUUUUCAAUGUGCCCCAAUUUGCUGUCUGUCAAACUCGCCUGUUAGUUGCGCAAAAUUUCAAGUCUUUCAAAAUGAUAAUAUCUCGCUGGAAAUGCAAGUAUUCAACUAAUGUGCAAAAUUUUAUAUUUAUUUGAAUAAAAAAUGCUUUUUAAAAAGUUUAUUGAGAAAGUUUUUUGCGUUGGCACUUGUUUAAACACGUCCUUGUGUUUUCAUAUGCAAUAAUAAUUGCAUUUUGCCACUAGAGUUGCUUACGGUUUUUCUUUUUAUCUCUCUUUUCAUUGUUUCUAUGGUUUUAUCACCAAAACAGCAGUAUUGCAGUAUUUUCACCAAUGGCUUUUUCCAAUAUUACGCAAGAGGUAAGUGAUUUUAGAAUCUCGAAAAAAUUUUCUGUCUGAAGUAAAGAAAAGGUAAAAAUGGUAAUGCAACUUGAGAAAAUAUGUCAAAGAAUUAGGAAAUGAUUUAUAAUGAUAUGAUACAAAGAUUUUAAUGUGAAUUCUGUACUUUUGUAACGUUAUGACUCUUUAACGGGACCUCGGAGGCGCAUUUAGUGGUUUUGUACUUGCCCCAUAUUUUAAUGGUUAGAAAUGUUAGGAAACUAUUGAGAGAUUAAACAAGGUAACAUGUUUAGAAAACUUGACCAUCGACCAUCCACUCAAAAUUAAAAAUAAUGUACGUCAAGUUUAAGAAUUCUUUCCGAUCCAAAAACGCACAGCUCGACUGAUGCCUUACUAUGACCCGAAGACGGAGGCUUCUUGUCUGAUAUUAUGCUGCUGUUAAUGGCUGAAAUAGCGUUCUUUUUUCCGGGAGACGAAACCUUUGUUUCGAAACAAUGCCCUCUUAAACCAAUCAGUGUUGCAGAGUCAUAACACAUGCGCAAUAGUAACCGUAUUCGCACAACUGUUCUGUCUGGGACCACACAGCUCUUGAACUUCCCGUCAGGGCUUCAAACGAUAGUGCGCAUGUGCAAUGACCCUGAAACGGGGGCUAGUGCACGUCUGGAAGACGGGCAUGAUUUCAUCUCCCGAACAGAAAGAUGUCGGAAUCUCCUUAUAGUGGUCACCGCAUUCGUAGCUACCUACGUUAACCACUGAGAUAUGAGUUUAGGACGUUACACUUUGUCCAUUUAGAGGCAUUUGACACAGGUAAAACUUCAGCCACUCGAUCACCAAUGGUUGACAAAUUAAAUUGCGCACAGAGAAAAUCGUGUGAACAGUUUUCGCCUUGCUGCAACUCGGCGAAAUCCUAAAGCAGCGCAAAUUGGUUCAAGAUGGCGGACGAAGCUCGAGCUUUGCCUCCAUUAAAGGCUAUGAAACGGUUGAUCAUUUCAAAAUCAUCGAUAUCGGUUAUCGGGAAGGUUAUUGGGAAUCUUCGUGCAAUUUUCUCGGCUAUGACCCGAGUUUUUAUUGUACAUAGUUUCACGUGCUCUCUUUAGUUUGGAAUAAGUUAUUUUCAGAAUCGCUGUUGUUAUAUAUGUUGCUGCCUUUGAGCCACUCUGUCAGCGCAAAUCUAGCGAAUGCAAACCAGCGCAUUGGUUAAUUUCAUUACAUUUUUGCCUGAGUAAGAAUAAAUCACUUUUGUAUAUAUCACAAACGGAACUCUUUUAUAAUGAGUAUAAUAUUUUCAUGAAAGACACCUCAUUCCACUAUAAAACAUCAAAAGCAAAAUGGGAGGAGGUACACUGCUGCUUUGCUAAAGAGGGGGGGGGGGGUUCUACUAAUUGGUUCUACUACUAAUACUAAUAAUUUUAGAUAUGUUCUUGAGUGAAUCUUGUAUUUAGAAAACGAACUAUUUGAUGAUGAAAUAAUGACAAAAUUUACCGUCUUUGAAAUUAGUAUUUCUGCAAAACGGAACGUGAAGCUCAACGAAUUGUAGUUUCAAGUUGCAGAUAAACGAUUCAAUGGUUGAGAGAAUACAUGGAAUCUUCUUGCAAUGAAAAUAGAAAUUAGAACAUUUAGACAGUCAUCGCCUAUUUUAUAAUCAUCGCCUAUUUUAUAAUCAUCAAUUAUGCUUGGAUAGAGGUAUUCUUGUGGGAUCUCAGGGGGCUUUUAAACACCCCCUUUUAAAAAAGCUGUAAAAUCAAGGAGUUUUUUGCCAUCUAGGAGUUUAAACAUUUUUUCGUCGGCAAAUUGUCAGCUUUGUGAAAUAAAGGCAAAUAAAUGAUGGCUCACCCACAUUGCAAGCAAAUGGGAUCUGAGUGACGCCACCCCCUCCCCCCCCUCCUCCCGCACAAUACCUAGUGACGGCCCUUGCGCAAAGCUUUCGAUGACUUAGAGAACCUGCAAGGUCUACGUGCCUGUGGAGUUAUAGGUAAAGAAAGGGGAAUAAACAGGGUCUGUAAAAUUAUUUAGCUGGGGGUAACGGCUCCCUGGAACGAACAGUACAAAAAUCUAAACUUAAAAUGAAAGAUGGAUUGUCUUCGAAUUGCGAAGUAGAAAUUAUUUACCCAAACAAAUCAAAACUUAGUCUACACAGAACACUGAUUGAAAGAAAUCUACGAUACUGUAAUCCAUGUAUCAAAGGUAGCCAUUACUAUUAGAUUAAAUUGCUGUAAAGCAAACACGUUGUUACUCUGUGUUGUUAUCAUGCAUGUAUUGUCUUGUCGAGCUCGUAUUUCUUCUAGCAACAUAGGAUUCCGGUUUCUUGAUUCCGGAUUCUUGAUUCCGUAUUCCGGACUCCGUGUUUAAAAGGUAUACAAUCUAUCAAUAAUAACUAGACAUCUUAUCUUCCAUGUAAGUCGUGCACGCAAAGCUCUUCCUUUUUUCUCACGAAAUGCUUCAUCUCUCCCCCGCCCCCACUUCUUCGUUCGCAGCGUAGUCUUUUCCACUUUUAAUGGAUCAACCCCCGGGCUAAUUGCUCUUAUAGCUGCUUACAGGUUGCUGCUUACAAUUUGUUCCGUUGCCGUCUAGAGCCGAAGGUCAAGAAUCACGAAGGACGAAGUCAGCCACACCAUUUAGGCAAAUUUAUUUUUCAAUUGCAUCAUAUCGACUAUGAUUGCAUGUCACAGCCAAUAGCGGCGCCCCCCCCCCCCGGGGGGGCUGGGGAGACUGGGACGAGUUAUCCCCCUCCCAGUUCUCAGCAGGAUCAAUUUGGUAUCUCGUCUAAAUUCGAUGAGUAUAUGUUGAGGGAAGGGUGAUAUUUUGGCAACGAAUUUUUUUUUAUGUAAUCCUAUGAUUUGAAGCUGCCUUUACGUAAACCAAAAUUUGUCGUGGGUGUUUCCUAUUCAUGAAAUUGGCAUUUCUUGUUUUUUAAAGGGGCGUUUUCUAAAAUUAAAAAGGGCGUGGUCUAAACAGUUUUGUUUUGUACCCAUCCUCCCCCCGCAGAGCCUAGUGGCUGGCGCCGCCAUACCCUGGGUACCACUGGUCGCAGUUUACAGCCUCAUUUUGCUCAUGGCUGCUAUCCAUCGGUAGGAGAUAAGAACAAUUUAAGGUGGCUGUCAAAUUCAAAGUGCCCAUUAUUUUGUGAGGAAGUGAGACAAAUUUUUCAACAAAUUUUCCUCAUUCAUCUAUGUCAUAAAGACACUUGUUUACGAAGAGUCGUUUAGCAAGUAAACACCUUUGACACUGUAGCAUCUCGUGACGUCAUUCAAACCCCACGGCCAAGUACAUUCCCGCUUGUGGGGGUUUCGGGCGCUUCUUUCUGCCCUUAUUUCAUUUCUCAUUACCUCUCUGCUCUCUGCACAUUAGUUACUUUCUCUUAUACUUAGAUUUAUUCUUUCUUCGGUGUACACUCUGUUGUAUAAGUUUAAAAAUAAUUUGUCAAAAGUUAAGAAAAAUUUUAAGAACAGGCUGAGGCUGAGGUUCUAUAAAUUUUGAAUUUAAAAUCCCCGUUGAAAAAUUCCAUCUCAACAACGAGCGGCUUUUCCAUAUAGAUGUAUGUUGUUUUUAGAAUCUUUGAAGACUCAUUGCUAACAAUGGGCCUUUGCGAGCGUAGCGACGAUCCAAACAAUGGCAGUAAACCAAUACGGAUUAACCAAAAUUGAUUUUAGACUGUAUAAAAAUGCAUUAUGGGAUGCUUGCGUUCCGCAAUGGCUCAUUGUUAGCAAUGAGUCUUUUAAAGUAGUAGUUAUACAUAUUUAGUAUAUUAGCAUAGUUAGUUGUUAGUAAACGUUUAAAAUUGUAAAAGCCCGGAAAACACAUGAAUUGAUCCCACGCAAUUUUGCCACGAAGUUAUCAUGAUGUUCUAAGGUCUGACGGCCAAACGCUGGCGGUCAAUGCGAUCAACGCAUCCCACACAUUCAGGAUAGCAAGACAAAAGAAAGAACCAAGUGUUUCGUUGAAAAGGAAAACAAGGAACUUCAUGUUAACCGUAAACAAGGAUAGUUGCCAAUUCUAUUUGCGUCAUAGCUUGAUAUGAUUUUAUUGGAGACAGCAAAAUUUCCGCAAACAGUUUUUUGGAAGAGUGACAAGCCAGUUAGUACGGGAGAGAGAAUUUUGUGUUUAUUUUAAAACCAGUAAACUCUUAUCUAUGCGAACACAUUUAAAAUAUCCAGCUUCAGAUAAAAAUUUAGAAGAAAAAGCAAUAGGUUUUUGAAUUUUUUUUUCAUGCUAACAGAACAGAGGAGGGACUUUAUCAAGUAAUCAACGGUGCCACUAAAAUGUCAUGCAAAACAGCUAUUUAGUGGUCUUGGGAACAAUUUAUAGUUUCAAAAAAAGUUAAUGCCAUAACAGCAUUAAAUGCAGGGCCGUAAUUAUCAUUGCUCUUUGGAUAAGAUCUACCCCCUCCCCCAAAUUUUAGAGUUCUUUUGUUUCCAAUAAACAUUCCCUUCUGUUCCUAUUGUUUUCAAACAGGGGUGCCCCUCUCCCAAAAAUAAAUCUUUCACUCUACGGCAUUGGUCAACAGCGUCCGAGACUCUAAUGAUCUAGAAAACAGAAAAAUCGUGCAUCAACAAAAAUCUCUGAUGCGUAUAGAGUUCUAAAGUGUGACGUCAUCAAAAACCUUUUUUUUAGAAUUUUUGAAUUUUAACCACAUAGCGUAAGAGAUCACCAUGAAAUACUUUCAAUUACGCAAAAUUGGCCAAAUAUGUCUAAAAUCGGUUGAGAUAUGGCUAAUGAAAGAUUUGAAGUUUGCUAAAGAAUCACUGUUAUUUUGGCUCUGUUCAUAAAGUUAUGAACAGAGACCAAAAUACAGAGGUUUGAUGGGGGAGAGAACCAAAAAACAUGUGGCCAUAUCUCUGCCAUUUCGUAAUACACUUGCCUGAUUUUGCAAAUUUAGAGGUAUUUCAUGAUGCUCUUUCAGGUUUUGGGAUCCAAAUUAAAAAAUUCUAAAAAAAUAUGUUUGUGACGUCAUUACUUUAGAACUCUAUAGAAAGAGUGACAGCAUCGUCACCGUGCUUGAUUCUGCAAACGCUUGCAUAAGUGAAAGUACGUCAAACGAUACAAAGGGUCACGAUACAAAAGGUCACGCAGAUGUGGAUGACAUGCAGAUUCACUUGUAAGUUUGCAGUCAAUGAAUGUCACUGAAGGAAUCGAGGUCUACUGUUCUACGAGAGUGCAUUUGAGGAAAAUGGGUUUCGGGAAACAUGGUCCAGUUGAAAGGUCUUUGCGAGCUGCCAUAGCAGAUCUCAACUUUGCGAAAUGCAAGAACAUUUUGGUAAAUGAGAGUCAGUUUGCAGACAACAACUUUCCCAUUUUUGCGUACAUUUGUCAGCAAAAAGUGAUUUGGAAAAGUGCCUGCAAGUAUGUUAACAUUGACAUGGAUUCAAAAUGGAGCAAAGAGAGUCUCCGAGAUCAUUUGUCUGAACAGCAAAAUGAAAAACAGUUUCUUGGCAAUAGUAUUAAAGAAUCCUGCUUGCAGAAAAUUCUUGUGGACGGGAUUUUCGAGCAGUUAAUUGUGCUUUUUGUCGAGUUUGGGUAUGACAUUAAUGCCACGGAUAUCAGUGGGCUGGCUGCAAUACAUCAUGCAAUAAAACACGGGCUGCGGUUAACAACCGAAAUAUUGAUCGAUUCUGGAGCAAGUCUUUCGAAGGAGGCAAAAAUUGCAAGCUGGAUUCAUACAAAGCUUCCAGCGUUGUACCAUUGCCUGUACACACUGGAUAUCGAAAUGCUUAAGCUCAUUCUUAAAAAUUCCGCCAACUGUGUUUGUGAUAUUCCUAAAUUAAACAACAUUGGGCAGUCCGUUUUCCUUCCUGCACGAUUGCCGCUACCCAUUCAGGAUUGCAUCCGGAUGUUAGAUCACAUCAAUCCUCUUACAUUUCUCUUAAUUGUUUAUGCAGUUAAGUUGUAUAGCGACCAAUCGUCAGAGGCAAGAAUGAUCAAAGAAGUCGAUGAAAUUCUGAAUACACUGCAGGAGUUCCUUGUAACAAACAAAUGCUGGCAGAAUCUGAUGCAAGAAUCUUCCUUUGAACUUUGUGGAGCGAAGUUGCAGAAAAUGUUGAGGUCUUAACUGGAUAUUUUUCACGGGACUUUCUUCUUCAUAUGGUGACCAGCUUGUUAAGGAAAUGUUAAUUUUUACGAUUUGAUGAGCCAUCGUGGACGCCGGUACGACCAAAUUCAAGUGGGGACAGACUCAGCGGUGCUGGAACAAGGGGGCAAAGAGGGCAGCUGCCUCCUGUGCCCUUGACUAUUGGGGCAGAAAAGGGGGCAGAAGAAGGGGCAGGAGAGGAGGCAGAAACUCACAAUAUAAUAGAACUUAAGGGUUCUGCGAGUAGAUAAUGCUUCGUGCCCAACGUUCACAUAGAUUUCCGUAUUUCACACAUCAGAGCUUUAGAUACUCAUGCCUUCUGUAAAAGCUUGCCCCCCUUCGUCCUGCCAUACUCCCGGCAUCCCUGAACAGCAUUUUCUUCUUGAUUCGCUGUUGGCAUCUUGUAAAUGGUCAAAUGAGAAUGGCAUACGUAUUCAAGUACAUCAUCAUUAAGGCAAAAGCAAAUCGAUUAAAAGAAACUGUAGUUAUAAUUCCUUAAAAUUUUUUUUGUUGAUUACGAAGUCCAAUGUUGAAGGUAUUGUCAUAAAAAGUGUGAUAGCUCUCGAUGUGAUCUCACGCAUGCGCAGUUAUUACAGAAACCUGGGUCGGGUGCAGACUUUCUUUUAUACAGAAGGACCUUUUCCAUGAUGCAACAAUCAGCUUUUAUCUGUCACGAUAUCGAUACAUUUUUAACUCAUCAUUAUUGCCAUAACAUCAGUAAUUAGCUAUUAGCUACGUUUUACCCUCAAUUUCGUUCCUUAUCGUUUCUUAUCGUUUUUACUUUACUUACAUCUGCACAAUGUCAGUGCACGGCUGUCCAACCGCGCUCACUUUCUUGUUGUUUUUAAUUCUUAUUGGUAUGUAAAUAACAUUGAUUCCGCUAAACCGUUAAUUCAUGCAAUAGAUUUGUAUUUAUACUUUUCCUCGUGCGUUCCAUGUACAACUGGAAUCAUGUUUGUCUAAUUUGAUGAAAACACUUAGAAAAUAA